AUGCAGCUUAAAAUUCACUUCUGCGUGGGAAGAACUCGAGCAUGGGAGCCCCCAGCAGAUGAAGUGGAGUCCUGGAUGCUCACAAAUGCCUGCACACUUCCCACACCUUGGGAGAAAAUUAGUUUUGAAAGAGAUAAUGGCUGGCAGCGGAGCACAGGGGAGAGCUUGUGGGCUGCGCUUCUCUACCCGCUCCUGAAUCGAACCGUUGUUCCCCCUGCCGCAGUGGCGGAGCUGCUCGGCGGCAGCGCACCCCCGGUAACCCCCACCCCUCCUCCCCGCACCACCGCUGCUGCUGCCGCCGGCCGUCCGGGCGCGCGCGGGGGGCGCGGAGCGGCGGGUCGGGGGCGCGCGCUGACAUUCCGAUGCGGUGAGGCAGCCGCGUCCCGGCCCUCCCCCGCCCCGGCCCGCGCACGGCGAUGGCGCUGGACCGGCUCCCGCAGCCGGGGACGGCUCCGUUCCUCAGCGGAGCGGAGGCGCGAGGCUGGGGCGCUUAGGCGAGCGGAGGUAGGACGACGUUCCGCGGAAAACUCCAGCAGGCAGCUUCCCACCAGGGGAGCGUGCGACCUGCGGCGGGACGGGACCCGGGGUGCGCUCGCUCGCUUCGGUGAUCCCCUUUGCGGGCGUCGUCUGCUCUUUUAUGAAGCAGUCAGGCACAGAGGGAACCGGGGAGGAGUUGGGGGGGGAAGCCUCUGGGUUUGUAGCUUAGGAGCACUGCUGCCGGCAGGGCGACCCGCCAAAUCCGCACGACGUGGAGUUUGCUCAAACGCCGCCCGGCGCGACUGGAGCGGCGGUGGGCGGCUGCCACGGAGCACACGUUUCCCGAGGCGCCGGCAGACGCGGUGCUUCGGGCGCGGGGCCGGGCCUCGGCUGCCGAGGGGCUGCAACCCCAGCGUGCGUUUCACUCCCCAUGCCCGCCUCUCUCCUAUGCUUGUGCGAGCGCGGGGCUGCCGUCGGGCAAGACGAGGAGGAGCUGCUCUCAGCAGCCUCGCCCGCAUCUCGCCUGUCUCGCGAGCAAGCACGUUCCCAGCGACCGAUCCCGGGAGCGACCCUCCCGGGCCAGAAGUUUCCCCCCUGCCCCCACGCCACCGAGGAGGGGAGGUCCCGGGGGAACACCCCCCCGCGUUCUCUCUCCCAGCGGCUGACUCAGGCGGCCCCGCGGAACCUCCCUCCCUCCGUCCCUCCCGGCGGGGCGGUGCGCGCACCCAGGCCCCUCCCCGCCGAGGUAGGCGCCUCGCUCGCGGUGGUUGUGGAGCGCUAGCGAGUGGGGGUGGUCCUGUCCCGCGGAUCUCUUCACCGCCGUGGCCCCGUCGCCGCUGGAGUCACCGGACGGCCACAGGAGGAGGAUGUCGGGGGGACGCUGAAAGAAACCCAGCUUUUUGGAUGCCCUUUGGGUGGGGAGAUGCAUCUUUGGUUUGGAUUAUGUGUUUGCUCAUCUUCUGCAAUCUGAGGCAACAGUGUGUGAAGUGUGCAUGCUACAUGUGACAGAAGAAACGAGCACAGAAACAAGGCAAAUGGCUACAUCAUAAGAAGCUGAUUUAAAUAUGUUUGUGUUUCAUGCCACUAAUCCAAGGCUGGGAAAGCCUAGUAGCCCAACUGUUAAAAAAAUUACUUUGUUUUAAAACCCAGGUCAAAACCAACGAGUAGUCAGUUUAUAUUUUACCAUGUGUUCCCUGAUUAUUUAGCACUGGAUCUUUUAUUACACUGAAAUAAUGGUGUGAGGAUUGGUAGGCAGCAUCCCACCUCCCCCUAUUCCCCAACAC